AUCUAUUAUAAAAAAUAUUGAAACCCACAACACCUUCCUUCACAUCCAACUGAAAAAAAGGAACCCUUAACUUUAUAUAGAGAGAAAAAAAAAGAAAAGAAAAAAGAAUCUAGUGUGUUAUAGGAUGAAAAGUGGUUCAUCAGAGACGAAAUUCUUGCAAGAAUUGAUUCUGUAUGCGGCAAGUGCAGCAUUUAGUUGCCUGGUAUUGUUUGUGGGGCUCCGACAACUCGACCCGAACCGAGAGGCAUCAAAGAAGGCACUUGAACACAAGAAGGAAAUUGCUAAGCGCUUGGGUCGACCCCUUAUUCAAACCAAUCCCUAUGAGGAUGUGAUAGCAUGUGAUGUAGUGAACCCUGAUCAUAUAGAUGUGGAAUUUGAUUCCAUUGGUGGGUUAGAAUCCAUUAAGCAAGCGUUAUGCGAAUUAGUAAUUCUUCCCAUGCGAAGGCCUGAGCUCUUUUCUCAUGGAAAGUUACUGGGUCCACAAAAAGGAGUAUUGCUUUAUGGACCACCUGGGACUGGAAAGACCAUGCUUGCCAAAGCAAUAGCUAAAGAGUCAGGCGCUGUUUUUAUUAACGUGAGAAUAUCAAAUCUGAUGAGCAAAUGGUUCGGUGAUGCACAAAAAUUAGUUGCUGCUGUAUUUAGUUUGGCACAUAAACUCCAGCCAGCAAUUAUAUUUAUUGAUGAAGUGGAUAGCUUUUUGGGUCAGCGCAAGAGUAGCGAUCACGAAGCAUUAACAAACAUGAAGACUGAAUUCAUGGCUUUAUGGGAUGGUUUUACCACAGAUCAGAAUGCACGAGUAAUGGUCCUUGCUGCAACUAAUCGCCCAUCCGAGCUUGAUGAAGCAAUUCUUCGACGUCUUCCUCAGGCCUUCGAGAUUGGGUUCCCUGAUCGCAAAGAGAGAGCAGAGAUUCUGAAGGUGAUCCUGAGGGAAGAGAAGGUGGAAGAUAACAUCGAUUAUGACCGCAUUGCUAGUUUAUGUGAUGGAUACACUGGUUCAGAUCUUCUUGAGCUCUGUAAAAAAGCUGCCUACUUUCCUAUCCGUGACCUGCUUAAUGACGAAAAAAAUGGAAAGCCUUCCGCGGACCCAAGGCCAUUAUUAGAAUCUGAUUUGGAGAAAGUUAUAGCUACGUCAAAAAAGACACAGGUUGCUGCAAAUGAAUACAACACCUUGCGUUCACAGUUUGUUGGAUUAUCAAGGCAUACGGAGACAGAUGAUUCUCCAGUCCAAGCUGCAAUCAGCGAGCUCUCUAAAAUUGUGGUUUCACAAAUUUUAAAUCUCCAGGCAGAAAACCAGGAUUCUUAAAUGCCACUAGCAAUUGCCAUACAGUAUUAUUGAAUGGACUUGCAUGCAUAUGUGGGAAACUGAAAUUGGGUUCUUUAUGACGCCGCGUCUUGGAGAACUUCGUAUCAGGUUUUCUGCUAUUGUAUUAUAUAGGGUAGGUGAUGACAAGACUUUUUAUUGCCAGGUGAACUGAAUGUUUAAGUUAAAAUGUUCAAGAAGUUCUUGUA